GUUGAAGCAGUUGUUCAAACGUUCGAGCAGCCGAUUGCUUGACUGAGCGUGGGAACUUUCUGUAUUUCUUUACCGCUUGGGAAGAGCGGUGGGAUGCUCUCACUGUCCUCUUCUCACUUCCCUCUAACUUCCAUCAGACGAACUGUCCGUGACGACACGAGGCCCCGAAUAUUAUCGUGCUUUAGGCCCCACGAGGUAUAGCCUUUCGGCGUCACUCAUACACGUUAUAAGCAGCGGUGCAUCCGUCAAUAUAAAAUGGCUCAUCGUGGCCGUAAGCGACCCUCUGCAGGUUCCUCACUGGCAGUAUCGCGACUCCCCGGAUCUUCUUGUGGCCUCACUGUCGCGGACUCUUUUUGGUUUCGUUCAUUCUCACCACGCAGUCACUGAUUGCGCCACACAGCAAUGAACCCGAUCCCGGUGAAUAUUCGUCAUAUGUUGCACGGUGAAGGGUCCCCCCAGAGUAUUUUGCAUGCCCUGGACGCAGGUUCACUAGCUGUGCCUGCGCCUAUUGGCGAAGUGGUUAACUAUGACCCUAAGGCAGAAGACGGCACGAAGGAGGAAGAAAUCGCUAAAGGUGAUACGGGAAGUGUCCUUGAGGUGAAGCAUAUCGACGAAGUAUAUGAUAUGUUCACUGGACAAUGGAGCGUGAAGUCUACGCCACCGUCCGCUGUUCAAUCCUCUACAAAAGAGGGCGGGAAGUACGAUGCGUACGCAUUCACGGUCAUCAGAAAAUUCCAGCCUACUACUAUGAGCCGCGAUAACAAGGCUACUUCCUACAAUGUCACAAAGCAGCUUGAGAUUCACAGUGACCACUUGAAGAGCAUUGGCCAAGAUGUAAUUGGACAUGUUCAGGGCAUAUCGUGGACUGCCAAACCGUUGCGGGUCGACCCUCAAGCUGUCCUCGGCUGGCUUCAGGAGUUGCAAGCUUAUGCUUCGAAACUCUCCGCAGAAGCGAUAGGUGCUCCUGAGGACUCACCCGUCCAUUUGAAGAUGGAACAUCUCAACCACUUCCUGAAUUAUCUGACAAACUCUUAUGAAUCUACGCUCACAACCCUAAGCUCGCUCACAAUUCAUGGUGAGAUCACAUUCGACUUGCUUUGGGCACUUUUUGUACCCAACAAGACCAUCCUUUACUUGCUCUGCCCAACGACCAACGAGCCACGCGCUGUACGUCUUGUUCAUGCCGAGAAGUGUCAAAAACCGGACCAACAUGGUGGCAUGAGCGCUGCUUAUGACCCUUCGGGGUUGACAGUGGGCGGGGAUGGCGGUAAUGAGUUCUCCAAGCUGAUGUGGCGCCUCGUUGUCGAGUACGUCGAGGUUGAUGUGGGCACACGGAAAGAGCCGGGCGUUGGUACCGUUGGGUUUGGUUACGCCGGUUUAGGCUCCGUGAUAGACAUUGCAGGGUUUGCCGGUGCAAAGAAGAUCUCAAGCUUGGGUGUGUUCCCUUUUGAGUAUUAUGCCGGUCCUGGCGGACCUGAAGGUCUAAAGAAGCGACUCAUUGAACGAGGAAAGAGAUGGACGAGCAUGGCUGGUGGUGUUCAUCAUCUUGCCUACCAGGGUAUUGCAUAUCAAUGGAAACGGAACGCCAUGGGAAGUGGCUCAUAUAUCAAGUGCAAUGUUAACUCUCGAGUGAUGAUAGACCGCAAAACAUUUUCGGAGACAGUUCCGAACUACGAGAAAUUUCCGAUUGUAACGAAGACGCUGUCAAAUGUAGACAUAGAUCGACACGUCCUUCGACUCAGCACUGGAACAUCUCAACAGGAAGAGAUUGUAGAAGCAAAAGACCUUACAGAUGAACAACUCAUGCUCACAACGCCUAUUCUAUACGGUUUCAGCUUGUCAGAUAAAAUAUGGCUCGAAUUUACAUCGGACUUCGUCCAACCGUUCGAAUGGAACAAUGAGGCGUACGCCAAUCUGGUGAUACCUGCCGAGCAGAAGUUGCUCCUCACGACUCUCGUAGAAGUUCACAACUCUAGUCCGGCCGCGAAGUUUGAUGAUUUCGUGGAAGGCAAGGGAUUGGGUUUAGUGAUCAACCUAUUUGGUAACCCGGGAACAGGCAAAAGUUUGACUGCUGAAGCCAUGAGUGAAUACCUCAAGAAACCGCUAUAUGUAGUUGGAGCUGGCGACCUGGGUACUUCUGCUGAUCGAGUUGACUCUGCUUUAAGUGUCAUUUUGAAGAUAUCGGCUACUUGGGGUGCCGUAGUACUGAUUGACGAAGCGGACGUCUUUUUGGAAGAGCGAUCUCUACAGUUCCUAGAGCGAAACGCUAUGGUUGCAGUUUUCCUGCGACAUCUUGAGUAGAUACUUCCGUGGCAUCCUUUUUCUGACCACCAAUCGUGUUCGUGUCUUCGAUGAGGCAUUCCAGUCUCGCAUUCACGUAUCGCUCCGCUACCAAGACCUCAAGCCAGAUGCCCGACGCCAGAUCUGGGUGGCAUUCCUUCAGAAAGCAAACGGAAACAUACCUAAUGGAGGUUUGAACGCUGAGGAACUGCGGCAUCUUGGCGAAAAGAAGAUCAACGGGCGGCAGAUUAAGAAUGUCGUUCGCACCGCUGGGGCCUUGGCUUAUGGGAAGAAUGAGAGAUUGGGCUAUAGUCAUCUGGUCCAAGUGUUGGACAUGAUGGACCAAUUCGAUGCAAGUCAAUCCAUGUACCAGUAGUUCUUUUGCUCUCCUGUAUCUCGGAUAAAUGUACAUAGAGUCUGCUAUACCAUUGAGAAUGAAACAUUAUUCGCUUUUAACCGCGACUUAAACGU